CUUCAUGGCGCCACACUCACUUCGACACCUUGCUGACAUUGAGCCAUUCCCACCAUGAAGGAACUGUUCCUUCUCCUGCUGGUCGUAGUGGCGUCCUUGCUCCUACAUCCGGCUGACAGUAGCGAAAGAGAAUGUCGCAAUGUUGCCGUAUCCCUGGAGAGGAACAUCACCUCAGGGGGCUUCGCGUGCGCGGAUGAACUUGGAAUCGAACUUGAGAGGGGCAGAGGCCGAGGAAACGGACGCGGGAGAGGAAAUGGACGCGAGAGAGGAAAUGGUCGAGGUCGAGGCCGAGGACAAGGACAAGGACGAGGUCGUGGUCGAGGACGAGGGAAGGCGAUGAAGUUCCUCGCCGCUUACUCCAAACUCGACGUGGAUGAGCAACAGGAUUUGGCUUCGUGUGUCUUAGAGGAAAUGGGACUCCUCGAUGGUGACACGUUCGAUUCCACGGCGCUCACGGAUAACCUGAUCUCCGACUUAGCGGCAGCAGGCCAGUCAGCGGCGAUUAAUGCCACGAUCGCAGUGAUUAAGGACGGGGGCUGUCCGCUGGAGGAUGGCGACCCGGACCUGAUUGCCAUCCUCGAGUUUACGGAUUGCCUUAAGGGGUCCUGUACAACACCACUGGACGCAGAGGCUGAGCUGAUCUAAUGGCAGACACCCACGGGCAGAUGUCAUGUCAGGAUUUGGGGGGAUUUGCUGCCAUCGUGUUGAAUUCCAAAAGCGUGUCCUGGAAUCUGCAACCACCAUGUGUUGAAUUCCAAAAGCGUGUCCUGGAAUCUGCUUCCAUCAUGGGUUGAAUUCCAAAAGCGUGUUCUGGAAUCUGCUACCACCAUGGGUUGAAUUCCAAAAACAUAUCCCUUGAUCUUCUGCUGCCACCAUGUCCGCUCUUCCAAAACUGUGAAACACUGAUAAGGGGAAUCUAGCUUUUGUUGAGUUUAUUUGGAAUAAAGGGUUUGGUUUGAG